CUCGAGCUCUGUCCUGUGGGUCAUCAAAGCGCACUUAACAGGCUUUCAAGUACUCUUGAAUCAUGGAUUAGACAAAACGGCAACAUUGCUGAUUUAGAUGAAGGCAUAAAAUUUUGUCAUGAUGUUGUGUCUCUGUGCUCCAAGGGACAUCCUGACUGUGGUGUCUACUUGAAUAACUUGGCUAUUUCACUUGGUCUUUAUCACUUCAAUCACCAAGGCAAUCCUAAUGACCUCGAUAAGGCCAUCUCUCUACACAAAGAAGUGCUGCAUCUGUGCCCUCUUGGGCACAAAUUUCGGAAUUUCUCAUUGGAUGGCCUAGGGCUUGCCCUUGUCGCCCAUUUCAACAAAUGUGGUGCUGUAGACAUAGAUGACAUCACCUGA